UUGAAGAUAGUCGACGGUGAUCUGUUAGUAGUUAGUGCUUCAAAAUUCAAACAUUUAAUUUUACACCGCCUGAAUCAGUGAUUUGGAGGCUUUUCAACAUGAGUAAUAGCCAGCGUACGAAUUCCGAGUGCUCGGGUAUGACGAAAUCAACAAUGCAGCUACCAGGGGAUGAGGGUGUUCAUGCCGAAAAUUACAAAUUGCAUAUGCAUGAGGAGCAACUGGGUUCAACGAGUAAUCUUUUUGAUUCGAGCAUUCAGCCAACGGAUGAAUGUACUGCACCAGAAUCAUAUGAUACGUUCUUUCAAGACGCUUUCAAUGCAAUUAACACGGAAAUGGAAAAAUAUUAUUCGAGUUUGGGAAAGAUGGAAGAAAAAGAAGUGAACGUGCAAAGCGAAAUAAUUUCCAAGACUGAAGAGAUGAAGAAACUAAGUCGAAUUCUACGGGCCAAAAGGGAUAGUGCGUUGCAAGCCAUCGCCCAAUUGACAACUCCUGUUUUCAAACGUAGCAAUGUUCAGGAUUAGCAACAAGCAAUCAGUGGAACGCUUGUACGUACGCAUUUUUCGUUUCACCGUUUUCCUACAAUCUCCCAAGGGAUACACAUAACUCGUUCUGAAA